AUGGAUUGUCCGUCGCAUCAUCCCCCGCCUCCGCCUGAUGAGUUGUUCGACAUUGACACUACAGUUGAUCCUACCUUCAUAAUCUCACUGAUAAGGAAGCUCCUUCCAGUAGAUUCUGGCAGUGGUCAAAGAACUCAGAUAAAGCAUAAUCCUCGUAUGGAUCCCAACAAUGCGGUUCAAGGUGUUGUAGAGAGCAUGGACAUUGGUGAUGAUAACCAUAACGAAUCCACUUCACAGGAGAAGGACAAGGCAUGGGAAGAUCAUGGUUGCGUUUUGUGGGACCUUGCUGCCAGUACAACCCAUGCUGAGCUUAUGGUACAGAACCUAAUAUUACAAGUGCUUCACGCAAACCUUCUCGUCACAACAUCUUCCCAUAUUCGAGAAAUAUGUCUCGGGAUUAUUGGAAACCUUGCUUGCCAUGAAGGUCUGCUGAAACACAUUGAGUCUACAUCUGGACUAGUCAAUAUACUUGUGGGGCAGUUGUUUCUUGAUGACACUCAAUGCCUAUGUGAACUUUGCAGGAUACUCACCACAGGUCUCUAUGGAGCUGGAUGCACUUUAUGGGCCGAGUGUUUUCAGUCUGAUGAUAUACUUCGCCGUGGUUUGUGGAUUGCGGAAAACACCUUGAAUCCUCAUCUUAUUGAAAAGAGUGUAGGGCUAUUAUUAGGUAUCUUAGAAGGUGAAUCAGAGGUUGGGAAGCUAUUGAUCCCUCCACUAAUGACUCGAGGUUUGACGAGUCUCUUGAUCAAUCUUCUUUCCUUCGAAAUGAGCAAGUUGGUCAAAGAAAGAAUUCCAGAAAGGUACUCCGUUCUUGAAAUGAUUCUCCGAGCUAUUGAAGCCCUUUCGGCUUCAGAUAGUCAUUCUAAAGAUAUUUGCUCUAGCAUUGAUGAUGGAGCUUCUUGGGAUGAUGCCACGAAAGAUUGCAUUAGGAGGACAGUAUUCACGGGAUUACUUCAACAGACAGGGUGAACUAAGACACAUUAGGAUGUUACGGUUUUGGCCACUGAGCAAGGUUUUAAUGGAGAAGUAUGAAUUCAGCGAGGAAGACGCUGUUGCUAUGCAAGACUUCAUCACUCCCAUUCUUGAGUUUGCGCCUGAGAAGAGACCUACAGCUGCUCAGUGCUUAACGCACCCAUGGAUGAAUCAUGUCCCUAGUCCCUAGAUUACUGAAAGCAUCAUCACCGAGUCCACAAAAACUAAAAGAAAGGGAUGAGAAUAAAAAUGAGAGGGAAGCUAUGGAGGUUGGUGUUGGGAAUAUUGACAUUGACGGCUCAGAGUUAUAAAGACAACAACAAGAGAAGGUCGUCAAUCUGCUCGUAGUGAUCAUCGUACUUAAGAUUUUGACAUUUCAUUGGCUUUUGAACCAAUUUAGAUGAGAUGAUGAUCAUAACAUAACAAAAAUAAUGGCAUACCACAUGUGAACUAGUCUUCUGCUUCACCCGACGUACAACAUAAUCACAUGUGAACUAUUUUUUCUUAAGGCCUUAACUGUUUUUAAUCUCACAAGAAAGAAACACACGAAAUUUUUUUACUUGAAUGGAGUUUCCAUUGAACCCAA